UGAGUCCAAUGUACCGUUUUUUUUUUUUUCUUCGGCGGACUCGAUCAAUCCUUGCGUUAUCCCUGGUCGCUCUUCGGCCGUUCUCGUGUGUUGCUAUGACCGCGAGGAAGGAGGUAUUUGAUGCUUGAUAUCGUUCAGAGGGAGGUGUAUUUUUUUCUGAGGGUCUCGCCGUUUGUCAUCAGCCACUGGAAUGUGUGCUGGAUAUCAUUCAGAGUGACGCUCACUACUUUUUCUGUGUCUCUCAUUGUCACAAGUGGUGAGGCGGAUGGUUGCUGUUGCUGCAGAAGUUGCAAAAAAUGUUCUCGAAGGAAUGCGGCGAGAGUUAGUGAGGUGCAUGAGAGCAGUAUCAGAGAACCGUUCCGCUGAGGUGAACUGGUCCAAAAAGUGGGCAGAACUCCUCUCCCAGAAGUGAGACAAAGGUUUUGGACCAUGGUGAACUGGUCCAGAAAAUGGGAAGAACUCCUCACAGAAACGAGAUGAAGGUUUGAAAGCCGAUCCGGCAAGACCGGCAGCGUUCAGGCGGAAAGCAGGAGCCACCCGUCGUUGACAUGUCGCGACGGCCAAACUCUGUCCACUGGUGGGCCUGCUGCGACUAAGCAACGAGCAAGUGAGAAAUCAAGCUAAUGAGGUCGCCUUAUUCAUGCGGUGGGACAGUGAGUGACCGAUACCCCUCCAUUUAAACUACCACAACGUGGAGGACCUCCUCUCUCCUGUAGCAGUGAAUACAAUAGGCCUGGAUUUUCGGCUGCGGAACUUGCAGAUAUCGGUCUGUCCCUGGCCUAGUUAGGCUCAGCUGGUCAGGUCUGGAGGUGGUGGUAGUUAGAGUGAGAGGGGUUUAGAGUCAGACUGUGGGGUUCGCAUAAUGCAUGAGCUGACAUGACUGAUGGGUGUGUGACAGUCCGUAGGAGGCUCCGAAGGCCCACCCAACGGCGACAUGCCUAUCGGCACCCCUGCUAUGAUGAUUACAGCAAGUCUAACUAAUAGGGGCUAUGUGUCCCCUAUGCCCCUCCAAUGAGGAUCUCAAUGCAGAAGUUUGUAUUCACCCAUUUACGCAUGUGGAUAUGGCAUUUCAACCAUUUGAUUGGAUGGCGGAGAAGGAGAAGGAGAGGGAGAAGGAGAAGGAGAGGGAGAAGGAGAAGGAGAGGGAGAAGGAGAAGGAGAGGGAGAAGGAGAGGGAGAGGGAGAGGGAGAAGGAGAGGGAGAGGGAGUAGUUUGUAGCCAACCUAAUUGUUGUCAUGGCUUCUUGUGUGGGUGCAGUCAGCUGUACCAAUACUCACUCGAAGGAAAUCUUGGUAAGUCCUGCUGUAUGUUUGAAGGCAGACAGGCGGCUGACGUCAACGAUAUUCAGGCAUAUUGUCUGAUCUUUGCAGCGAUUAUUUUUGUUUUCUCACCUGAAUGAAUGUGUGAUAUGGGCAGAGCAGAGCUUCUCUCUUCACUGAGUCUUCAGUGCUGUGAGGUGAGUGAAGGGUAAUUCAAUGUUUCGUUUUGCGCUUUCCGAAAAAAAAAAAAAAAAAAAGCGAAAAAAAAAGAGGAAUGUUUAUGCACAAAAAAAAAAAAAAAAAUCGGUGAAAAGGGGUUAUGAACCUGAUGCCUUGCCUGGCUAGCAGAGAACGAAUCCAUUGGUCCUCUUUUGUGUCUUCUUAUGGGUUUGUUAACUUUGUUUUCUUUUCAUUCUAUUCGUCUGACAGUAUGUGGAUUCGAACUUGGGUCUGUAUUUCAACAGUUCGAAGGGUGUUAAACUGAGCCAGGCCCAUUGGUAUAUGGGUUUGUUUUCUUAUGGGUUCUUUUUUUUUUCCAAAUAAUGUAUGCUGUAGUACUGCAUCUACUGAUAUAUUGAUGAUAAUAAAUACAUAUUGACGAG